GAUGACGAUGACGAUGGCGUCAAGGAUGACGAGGGAGUCAAAUGAUGACGAUGACGGUACUGCUAAUGACCACGGUCACAGUCAUAAGAUUAACAGUAAAGUCGGGUAAUAUAUCAUCCGAUAAUCGCCCUCUCUUCUAACUGCCUCGAGUAUCCUGUGGGUGAAAGGAUUCGAGAGCCCAGGAAGCAGGUAACGGUACUGCAGGCAAGUCAAUUAUUCUUGUUUUCCUCUUCUACUUUUUCUUUCUUUCUUUCACUGGCUUUAUGGCCAUUGACUAAACGACCACUGGCUUUAUGGCCAUUGGCUGAAAGAUCAUUGGCUAAACGACCAUUGGCUUGGCGACCACUGGUUUCCGGACGUAAAAGUAGCCGAAACGUUUGCUAUUUGUUGAGAUAUGUCUUACUGAAUAUCUUUUCAUCCGAUACGGAAGUCCUAAUGAGUAAUUUUGAUAGCGUUACAAAAUAUGACUGCAGUAAUAACAGUCACUCACUGUUUCCUUUGGUAGCUUUGUCAAGUUAGAUUAUAUUUCCCCACUGCUGACGUCACUAAGUACACACCUUAAGUACACAUCAAGUUGACCCACAUAUUUCUAAGUCAUUUUCUCUUUCGUUCUCUCUGCCUGCGUCGAAGUGUGUCCGCUGUAUUUCGCAGAAUUCAUUGUCAGCGGCCGCACAGCACAUGGCCUCAGCGCUGGCCAAUAACUGUCACGGAGAACACCUUUCCUCGUUCCGACCGCGGUGGACUCUUGGGGACCUUGGGCUGCUCGAACGGUGUCCCAAGCAACCCUGGCUCCGGCGAAGGACAGCUAGACCUUCGGGUUGACGUCGGAGGAUUCAAGGUUGCCGAAGAAUCUAUGUGUUCCUCGUGGCGUCUGAGAGAAACACAAGAUGUACUUUUCUGUCGCCAGGGAAAGGGAAGGCGAGCGUACGUGUUCGCGAGGUGAAGGGAGGGGGCGUUAUGAUCCCAAGGAGCACUCAUGCGCACGCCCUCGUGGCCACUCUGUCAUGGCAACGCAGACUCCGCCAAAAAACUUGCUCCUCUGCCACCUCCGAAGGUCGUAUCCGCUGGCCGGACGUUGCUCCUUCCAUGCCGUGAGGAUUUUUAUCUAAACCUCAGCAGAGAGGGCAGUCCUUCCUCUCCUUCAGGAAAGGACCUCUUAGAUCGCACGCCCAACUCAGAAUCAUGGAGGGGCAAAGGGGGAGCAGGUAAGGAAGAGGAGACGUCAUCCGAAGACGUAGAGCGAGAGGAGAGGGAGGACACUACCCCCUCUCUCCUCACCAAACACACACAUGUACCCCCUGAUCCUUAGUGAACUUUUUUUCGCCCGAUCAAAAAAUCGAUGUGAACAAGGACGGGCGUAUAUAAGCUCCAACCUCAGUCAAGUUGGUAGUUACUUGGAUCGGAUCCUUGUCAAGGAAACAUCACACGCCUUCCGCCCCUUACUCUCAGAUCUCACAGUCAAUAUCUUCACAAAGAUGCAUCGAGUGACUAUCUUCGUUGUGUGCUUCUUGGUCGCCGCCUCAGUUCUCCUGCCGGCGGCAGAGGCGAGGCCGCAGAUUCACUCGUAUGAUGUUGCCAAAGUCAAUGCCGAAGUCUUCGAGGAACAGGACGAGGUGGAGGAAUCCGAACGUGGAGGAAAUUACGUAGAGAUCCAAGAGAGCGUAGAUGAGGACGGCGCGUCUCCCACGGGCGCCGCCGGGAGCAUCGCCCUCGAAGUCCUCGACGAAGUGGGAGACGCCCUUGGCUCCAGGGGGGCUGCCCUGCGCAGGAUGGAGGCGCUGCUCGAGGCCUCCAGGGGCGCCUACGGCAGAUAAGAUCCUCUUCAUGUGUGACUGAGAUCUCUGCGAAAUUGAAUGGAUGCUUGAAGGGCAACCUUUCACGAAUGUAUAGACAUCAGCAUAUAUUUUUAUAGUAAAAGUAUAAAAAGGAAUAAAAAUGUCAAGAAAAUA